CGGCGGCGGCAGCCAAUGGUGUCCCCGGCAGCUCGGCCGCCGGUCCUGCCGGGGGGAUCCUGCCCCGGGACGCGCCGGAGCCGCGGGGAGGAUGGGCUGAGCCGAGCCGGGGGUGCGCGGGGGGUGCGGGCAGCGCCAGCCCUCGCCGCAGCACCCGCAGCCUCUGCCAUGAGCCGCAGCGCCCCCGACCCGUCCUCCCCACCCCGGCAGCCCCUCAAACCCGGCUCGGACGCGCUGCAGUGCCCCUGCUGCCUCCUCCUCCUCUGGGAGCCGGUGACCGUGUCGUGCGGUCACUCCUUCUGCAAGCCGUGCCUCGGGGGGACGGUGCCCUCCCGCUGCCCCCUGUGCCAGGAGAGGCUGAAGCUGCCGGGCGUCGGGGGGGCGAGGUGCAACGUGGUGCUGUGCGGCCUCCUGGAGAAAUGCGUGCCGCGGGAGAGCCGGCUGGCCGGGCUGGGGGCGCGCAUCCGAGCCUGUGUCACCCGCGGGGACGCGCGGGAGGCGCUGCGGAUGGCUCAGAAAGGGGUCGAGCUGGCACCAGACGCCAGCUCUCUGCGGCUGUGCCGGGCAGAGGUAUUUGUGGCUCUGGGUCAGCACGCACAGGCGCUGGAGGACCUGGAUGCUGUGUGCAGGGCUCAGCCUGGAGAGCUUGAGGGCUUCUUCAGAAAAGGAAAGGUGCUUCUGGAGAUGGGACGGAGAGCUGAAGCCCUGCUGGCAUGGGAGCACUGCCUGACACUCAGUCCCCAUUUCCACCCUGCUCGGAGAGAGAUGGAGAAGAUCCUCAUGCGCGAGGAUGCUCCGCGGCCACGCACGGAUGCUGCGUGCCUGGGUAAUGCUCACCAGGGCUCGACUAGUCCCCAGGGCGAUGGAGGAAGUCCUGCUCUCCCAUCUUCCUCCACACAAGCUGAAGAUCAGGAGGGAGAGCCGGCAGACGGCAGAGGAGUUGCUGGAUCUGAGCUCAGCCAGGGGACAGCCACGGGACGAUGGAAGGAACCAGAAACUUCAUCAGAGAGGCAAGACCAGCAGUUGGUAGAUAAUGAAGAUGAAACAGCAGCAGAAACAUGUACCCAGCUGUGCCUCAGGGAGGUGCUGAGCGUAUCUGACGUGGAGUGCUCCCUCUGCAUACGGAUGUUCUUUGAGCCAGUGACAACACCAUGUGGGCACACCUUCUGCAAGGAGUGCCUCGAACGCUGCCUGGACCACCGCCCCAACUGCCCCCUCUGCAAACAGAGCCUGAGAGAGUACCUCAAGGCUGGAAGCUACAACCCCACUGUGCUGCUGCAAGACAUCAUACUGGCCACCUUCCCUACACAGCUAGCCGAGCGCCGGGAGCUGCACCAGGCUGAGAUGGCAGAGCUUUCCAACCUGACCAAGAACAUCCCCAUCUUCGUAUGCACAAUGUCCUUCCCAGGCAUCGCCUGCCCUCUGCACGUCUUUGAGCCUCGCUACCGCCUCAUGAUCCGGCGGUGCCAGGAGACCGGCACGAGGAGGUUCGGCAUGUGUAUACAUGAGAAUGGGAAAAGUUUUGCUGACUAUGGCUGCAUGCUGGAGAUUCGGCAGAUCGAGCUGCUGGCGGAUGGGAGGUCCUUGGUGGACACCAUCGGCCGGCGGCGGUUCCGGGUGCUGAGCCGCGGACACAGGGAUGGUUACAACACUGCGGACAUUGAGUUCCUGGAGGACAAGAAGGUGGCCGGAGAGGAGCUGCAGGAGUUGCAGUGCCUGCACGAAAGCACCUACUGCUUGGCUCAGCGCUUCUGCGAGCAUGGAGACCUUGCCUCUAGGCACAUUUUGAUGCAGCAUGGACCACUGCCUGAGAAGGAAGAGGACAUCCAGGCUUCAGCAGAUGGCCCGACGUGGUGCUGGUGGCUCAUCUCCAUCCUGCCCCUUGACCCAUCCUACCAGCUCAACCUCUUCUCCUCCACCUCCCUGCGUGCCCGCCUCAUCCAGCUGCAGCGCAUCCUCACUGCCCUGCUGCAGCAGCCCCCAGCCCGGCGCCCGCUGCCUGAGCGCAGCCCCCAGGGCUGUGUCUGAAGCCCCUGUGCCCUCCGUACCCCCUUUGUGUUUCUCUUAUGUGUUGCUUUCAUGGGUUUGCAGGUAGUUUGAGCCCCCCUAGCAAUGAGCCAGGCACCCUCUGCCCAACUCAGUGGGGCUGAUGCCUCACUGGCAGCAGCACUGCCGUCCAUGCUGCCUCGGGGAGCUGCUCGGUGAUGCGGUUGUGAUGUGCCACCAAAGGGGGAACGAGGAUAGAAAGCUGGCUUGCAUCUCAGGAAGCAAAACUUAUUGAGCUGCUGUGGCGCAAAGGAGUAGUCUCCUUAGGGCUAAAGAUGUAGUGCCAAGAUCAAUUUGGUUUUGGUUCUUUCACUUUGAAGGACAGCGUAGAGGAUUUUCAUAGGUGGUCCUGCUCUGUGCAGCAGGUUUAGAGCCUUGGGAAAGGUGGCACCGGGAAGCAGAGAGGUCUCAGUGGCUUCCCCCAGCCUCAGGAGCUGAUGGCUCUGCCUCUGCUUAUGACUUUGACUCAAUUUCUUUUUGAACAGUAAGAAAGGUUAAAUUAAACAAUCUGAAACUCUUGAUCCUUCUCCUAACCACCUCCAUGGCCACUCAGCAAAGAGGUGCUUCUCUCAAAAUGUGCCCAGGUCCAGAUGUUCCCUUCCCACUGCUCUGCUUGGUGCUCUGCUGUGUUUGCUGUGCUGAGCUCACCAGCCACUUCCCUGGGCUGGAACCUUGCUGGAGGCUGCUGACUGCUUCCCCAGCUGCCAACUCCCCUGCUGUGAAGUGCUGUGGGAAGAGGGACAUUUGGCAGCAUUGGUGCUUUUGCUCCCACCCAAAGGCUGCUGUUCCUGAGCCUGGCUGGGUUCAGGUUGCAGGGUCAGGCCUGGGAGCCUGAAGGAGCUGAUGAAGUGAGGGAAUUAAGCCUGGAAGUGGCUUUGUGAGACUGUCUGCUCCUUGACUAGUGCAAUUUUCCCAUGUUCAGUGUUUCUUGUGAACUUUCUGCAUCCUCAGGAGAAAAACAGGAUCUGAGGCUGGAUCCUUGCAUUUGGGACUCGGAACAGUUCAGCAUCCAUUGAAAGAGUGAUGUCAAAAGGAGGCAGAUUUCUGGAGAGUCAGAGAGGGGGCAGGACCAGUGUCUGAGGCUGUGAGUCCCAUAUCAGGAGAGAAAGUGCCUGUCUGCAAGUGCCUGGCUGCUUCUUGUCUCUAAACAUGGGGAAAAGAGAAUCCCCAGGACAGUCCAGACAUCCCUCCAUGGAAAUGCUGAAAGUUUGGGAUUUUUGUCUCCUAUCCAUAAUUUCAGUGGCUUUGGGUUGAAUUUUAGGAGUGAUUGCCACUUAGUGAGUCACUGGAUUAACGUUACUUCCAGAAUUUUAUCCCUGCUUUUCCCAAAGGCUCCACACCCCAUCUUGGGGCUCAACAAGCUGUUGGAUUUGUGUGUGGGAAAGAAAAUCUACUUGGGACUACAAUAAUCCUUGCUGCACAUGAUGCAUCUCAGCAUCCUGAAGUGGU